AAAAGAUCGAGUCGCUAAUUUGCCACGACGGAUUGUAUGUGCCUAAAGUGUCUGCGUUCUUCAUCCAGCAGUAGCUAAGUUAGCUAGCUACAUAACUAAACAAACACAAAUCAUGCCUUCCGUCGAUCGGUCAAUGAGUCGGAGCCCCGAGCCUAGACAUGUCCACAGACGAAGUGGUCGAUCCCGGAGUCGUGACUUGAGUCCAGCGGACCGACCAAACAAAAAACACGAUGGAAGUUCCAUCAACGAUCGACUUCUGCGAUUAUGCGAUUCCAAGGCGGGACAAGGCACUGGUGUUUAUAGGAGGAAUAACCAGAGUCGUUCUAGGUCCAGAUCCAGGUCCAGGGAUAGAGCAACCAGCACGAGCCGAAGGAAUGAGAGACACGGCCAUGCAUCUCGUUUUGCGCAAUAUGACAGACAGGAUAAUUCCUACUGGCAUGCGAGAGAAGAUCCCUUUAUGGCCAGACGGCUACAAGAACGAGAGAAAAUUGGGGAAUUGGGCUCACCUGAAGUGUGGAGCUAUUCGCCAAGAGUAAGAGAUCCAGAUUCUGAUGAGCAUACCCCUGUGGAGGAAGAUGUGAAUAAAGGCAAAUCAAGUUCAAGUUCUGAAGAAGAAAAGAAGAAGAAACACAAGAAGAAAAAACGUAAGAAGAAGCACAGAAAGCAUUCAGAGGACAGUGAAUCUGACAGCGACUCUGAGGAGGAAGAAGUUAAGAAGAAGGAAAAGAAGAAGAAGAAAAAAAAGAAGAAGUCAAAGAAGAAGAAGAGCAAGAAGAACCGUAAACAGUCCAGUGAUUCAAGCAGUGACCAAAGUGAGCAGGAGGAGGACCCAAGUGGAGAGCUGUGGGUAGAGAGAGUGUGUGAUGGUCCACAGAUUGUGGGCCCCGAGGUUCCCCUCACCCAUCUGUCCCAGGAAGGCAGGCUUACAGAUUUUGGACAUGCACUGUUGCCAGGUGAAGGUGCAGCCAUGGCUGAGUAUGUGAAAGCUGGCAAACGUAUCCCUAGAAGAGGUGAAAUUGGGCUGACCAGCGAUGAGAUUGCUGACUUUGAGAAGUCUGGCUUUGUGAUGAGUGGUAGCAGGCACCGGCGCAUGGAGGCUGUGCGUCUGAGGAAGGAAAACCAGAUCUAUAGUGCAGACGAGAAGAGAGCGUUGGCGUCUUUUAAUCUGGAGGAGCGCAGGAAGAGGGAGACCAAGAUCCUGUCCAGUUUCCGUGAGAUGGUGUACAGGAAAACUAAAGGCGGUGACAAGCCAUAGACCAUACAACCCAACUUUAAAUAUUAAAUAUGUGAAUUUGGGAUUCAAGGUUUUGACAAAAAUAUUUUUUGGACAUGGAAUAUAUGUUUUUUAAGCUUUGUUCAUGUUAUGAAAUUUCUGAAGUAUCUUGAUACUUUUGUAAACUUUUUUUGUGAACUAAGGUGUUAGGUUUGUAUUACAUUUGUAAUUUUAAUGACAAUAAUCCAAUUCUAAACUUGGUAAAUGAGGUCAAAUUAAAAUUGUGUAAACUGCUUAAGCUAUUUCAAAAUCGCAUGGAGACCAUUGUAUAUAAUUCUGCUUAUUAAAAUGAUUAAAAGCAAGCUUCUGUAAUUAUCACUUUGCACCAAUGGGCUGUUUGAACACAUCUCAGUAUUGUUCCUUUAUUUUGAAGAACAUUCAGGCUUUUAAGUGUUUUAGUCUUCAGUAGUGUUAAAAUUGGCACACGCCGAGCUCUGUAUCUGUAGUUUUUUCAAAAAUAAAUUUUCCAAAUGAGUUCUAAAAAUA